AUUAGAUAAAGUGAGGAAUGCUAAGCAAUAAACAGGACAGAGGGAAGGCAUGAACAGGAGGUAAAAAUUAAACAUAAGCUCUAAAGCCCUAUGCUGUGGAUGCUCCACCUGACAUCUUCAUCACACUGCUAUGUAUGGAUGGCCAAGGAUUACAGGUGUGGAUGGGACCCAAAAUAACUUGUUUAUUCCCUUUAUAAUAGCUUGUUUGUUGUCCAUUUGUAACUUUAAUAAUAAAUACAGAGAAGAAGAUAAGUUAGAUAAUAGUAUAGUUUUGUAAUCAGUGCUCAUGUGGAGAGUCUUGCACAACAGCAUUAAAGAAAACCGACGUAACAGAGUAAAAGUGCUCUCUGAACAUAGAGAUAUCGAGAUUAUAUCUGGUGUAGUACUGAAGGUGCAGGAAAUAGAUCUGGUUUUUAUGAGAUAAAUGAUCAUUUUCUGUAUUACAGCCAUUAUUUAAAAAGUUUUAGUGAACACACUUUGAAAAGGCAGUUAUAACCACCAACAGAAAUCACAUACAGUAAUAUAGAGGAAGUUAGUGGUGUGUUGAAAAACUGUACAUAUAAAACACCAACACACAAGAUCCUGUCUAAAUGAGGAAAUUCCUUAUGACAUACAGACCUUUGGGAAAUAACAGCGAAGAGACGUCCACUAGAACAUUUCUCAGUGUGCUGGAAAGAGCGACAGAAGAGCUGAAGUGAAGUGAACCUUGAGUCCAUGAUGACGAUCCUCCUCAUCUUCACCCUCUCACUAAUAUCAGGUCCAGUGGGCUGUGUUGAUGUGAUUGGCUACUCUGGAGGAAGCGUCAUUAUGGUCUCUAAACUGUCCUGGAGUUCAGUAAAUAGUAACUAUAUUUGUAAAGUGGAAAACAGAAUGUGCACAUAUAUAUUAAGGUCAAACACUGGAGAGAGCAAUGUUCAAGUGGAAAGAUUCAGACUUUAUAGACAAAAAGAAGGAUUAUUGUCAGUGCUGAUCAGAAGGCUGAAGCCACAGGAUGCUGGAGAGUACCGCAUUGGUGUGGGAACUUGGAGCAGCACUGAUGUGACCCUGAAAGUUGUUAAUGAUUCUUGUUGUUCUGGGCCAAACAUUAUGAAUGCUUAUCAAGGACAGAAUACCACCAUCAUCUGUAACUAUCCAGCGGCGUAUGAGAAAAACAACAAGCAUAUCAUAAAAAUUGAUAAAGACAGUGUUAUUACAAACAUUCUAGAAAUAAAAUCAAAAAAUGGCAGAUUCUCCGUUUCUGAUAACAAAAGUGCUAAAGUUCUCAAUGUGAACAUCAGUGACGUGAGAGAAGCUGAUGAUGAAGUUUAUUUAUGUGGAGCGUAUAUCGGAGAGGGCUCAGUCCGGUAUUUCUCCUUCUUCACAGAGAUCCAGCUACAUGUUACAGCAACACCAACAGAAAUCUCAUCUGAUGCAGCCAGAACUUCCACUGUCACCAUCAUCAUCAGUGUGUGUGUCUGUGUGGCUCUGCUGCUGAUUGGUGGAUUUGCACUGAUGGUCUACAAACUGAGACAAAAGAGAAGACAAGGUUUAACACCUUCAUCCAACGACAAUAACCAGGUCCCCCAUGCCGCUUGGAUCUAUGAGGAGAUUAACCACACCAACCAUGUUUCUGACUCAGAUACUGACAUUUAUAUGAAUGCUUCAUCACCCACUAACCCUGAUAAAGAGAUCUCCUCCACAGUACAACCACCCCAAGACCAAAAUCUCACUUACACCACUGUGAGUUUCCAGAAGAAUCCAGAUGAUGCUGCAGUCACCUUCAGUAAGGAGGAAUCUGCCACUGAAUACGCCACUGUCCAACACCACUCAGGACUGGAAUAAUUUGAUUAUGUUUUCAACAAAAUAUUCAUUCAUAAUUUCUUACAUUUAAUCAUACAAACAGCACAGCAGUAUUAAAUAAAUAAAAAUCUUAUUUUCAUAACCGAUAUCAUUUUGUUGGCAGUUUUGAACAUGCUGCUGUAGUAAAAUAACAAAUAAAUGCCGCCUGGUAUGACAUUAAAUGUACCAUUUCCUAAUGUAACUAUCCAUAUGUGAACUCUUAUUUGGCUUUAAGUUUAGUUAUGGAUAUCUUAAUGGUUUUUAGUAGGUUGUGAGGAGGAAUCUGAACUGAUGUGACAAUACUGAGAGAACCGUCCUAGUCCUUUCAUGCAUAGUGGUCACUACAGUGGACAGCUAUUCAAAAGCCAUUUUCUGGCUAUUGCAAGGAUUUCAAUAGAACAACCGCAUAACAGCCACUAGAGUGGACACUGAUUCAGUAUACCAUUGGUUGCCACCUUGUGGCAACUACUUGUAAUUACAAAAAAAUGCCUUGAUAUCCAAGAUGGCCGACAUAACUUCAGAUGGCCUGACCACUUCAGGAACAUCUGUACAAUCCUUCUACAAAAGAAGAACCAUUGAGGUAAAAAACAAAACAAAAAAACAAAACAUAUAAUACUUUGAUGACAUCAUCAAGUAAUAGCUAAGGAAUAAUAUUUUGGGGAUAUUUUUCAAAUAUUGAUUUAUAGAUUUUAGACACCCAUGAUUAAUCAUGUGUCCACUAAAGUGGACAUCAUGCACCAGUCAAGUUAUAGCACAGCUUUAUUUGUGCGAACAUACGUAUAAUUUUUUUAAAUAAUUUUUUUGCUCUUGCUUAAUUUUCAACUGAUCUAUCAUUAUAAUAUAAUUUGAUGUUUUUAUUUAUUUAUUUAUUUAUUUAUUUAUUAGCAUUUUCUGCAGUUAGCGCUAUGGUUUAAUUAGUAUAUUGAUUUUUGUAUUUUGCAGAGUAGCAUGAAAUAGAGAAGCCUACAGGAUUGUAGAUGAGAUUCCAAGUCAGUCAAGUGAGGAUAGUGACAGUGAUGAUGAUGAAGAUGAUGAUGAUGAUGAUGAUGAUGAUGAUGAAUGGCAGCCAGAUAAAGAAGGAUCAACAAGUUUUUGGAAAACCAAAGACAAGCAGUUUAAGGGAAACCUGCCUCCUUUUUUAGGAAAGUGUAAACUGAAUGUUGAGGGAACAGAACCAGUAGAUACAUUUUUUCAUCUGUUUCCAAAUGACCUGGUAAACCAAAUAGUGCACAUAAAUCCCUGACUCAUUUCACUAAUCGUAGUUGCUGAUUCAAAGAAGGAUUGUAUCACAUAUUUAUUCUAAUUACAUUUGAUUUCUCUCUCAGUUAAAAUUGACAUCAAACAAAAAUAACCAGAAUUCUUAUUUCUGUAUUUUACAGACCUCACUGCAUGAAUUUACCACAAGGUGACGCUAAAGGAUUUCAUCUCAAAUGGCCUUUUGUAUUUCAUCUUUAAGAAAACAACUGAAAACAUCCAGACACGUCUGUGUGUUUAUGAUGAAUAUAUCAGAUCUAUAGUCAAAUAUAGAAUAUAUACAAUGUAAAAAAUGGAACGUUUUCACACUGUUUAAAAAUAAUGAAUAUUUCGAAUCAUUUUCACGAGCACUAACUUUACAAGCAGUGUGUAAUUUAGAGUUGUGCCUCUAUAGAUUAACUGUAAUGUGAUUUUACACUAAAUCCUUUUUACAAGUGAGAGAAAAAUGAACACCAGAUUUUACUCCCACCAACAGUGACGUCCUACUGAAUGAUAUAAUCACAGACAGCAUUCCAGAGUUUAAAGGAAAUCAGGGAAAUAAAACUAACCUUGUGGUUCUU